GCCCAACCUCCCGCUUCCCAAGUAAGUCUACCUCUCUACUCCGCCUCUGCCUUAAAUUAUAUAUCAGCGUAGUACUGAGUAGUUCAUCGCACGACUUCGACUAUGCGUUCUUGUUAUCUCCAAGAUCGAUAUUUUUAGGAAUCUUUCUUGCUCACAAGUAUCACUAGAACAACAACAUUACCAAUCACGCGACCGGACAUCGAUGCUUGUUGUAGGGUGAUAGAAGCCACCAUUAUGAUCCCUGUUUGAUGAAGUGACUUUUGAACCUCUACUACAACUACUACUUCUACCGUACUUGCGUGUCCAUGAUCUUCCCUAAAAAGUAGUAAGGUGUAGAACAACUACAUCAACAAGAUGUCUUGGGCAGAUCGUUCUCGGCUGCGCAGGCUUGAGCCCGAGCAGCAGUUCAGUGCAGGGCUCCAGCGCCCAAUGGAACCGCGAAAGAAAGACCUCGAUCUGAUCAAUUUCGAGCAACCAGGCGUCUACUUCCGCUAUAACAUUCGGAGCAAUGCACUUUUUAUGGCAAUGACUUUACACUCUAUCUUUUGUUAUUGUUGCCAUGCAUCAUGUCUUUCCUUGUCUUUUCUCAAGUUGGCAACUCUGCACCUUCAUACUGUCUUCCUACGACAACUAAAAGCAUACUCCCUACAAUACCACCAUCAACAUGCUUGUUCUAAUCCCAACAAGCACGCGUUGGACAAGCACCCUAGCGCGAUAGAGGAUUCGAGCGUUUAUUACGAAAAUCCAGUCCUCGCUUACUACACCGACUGCAACAAUGAGAUCCCGAAAAACUGGAUGGGCCAGAAAAGGGUUGUGGAGAAACGGCUGAACCCCGUCAGGGAAAACGUGGCGAAUUAUUAUUAUGACGAGCUAUUAUUCUUGUUAGACUUACUUCUAGACUGAGUAAAUAAUGAGUUAUUAUUCUUGUCAGACUUACUAGAGUAGACUACAACUUAUACUUGGUAGAGGAUACUACAAAUCGUAUAUUGAAAUUGAUGUUAGAGUAUACUCGAACUCUUGUCGAGGACAAGAACAAGAUAGGAGGAGUAGAUGUUGUUCUCUUGAAUUUUGACGUUUACCACAAAUCCUGAAAUUGAAAAGGAGAAAAAGAGAGGAGGUGAGAUGUUCUAUCCCGGGAUUCCACACAACAUCUUCUUUCAGCACUCUCGUCUAAUCCCCCAUGAAAUUUGUCGACUUCCUCAAGGAAGCUAUCGCAACGCAGAAAUGCAAGAAGAUUUAUCUGCCCUUUUCAGCCGCCAUGGCGCACCAGUUCGAGAUACCACAAAUCGUUUACGUCAACGCGGAAACACGAAAAUGUGGCCGGGUCUCUCAGGGACGUUGGUGGUUCUUAGACCAUCGGAAGAUCAGUACCUUGGCGGUCCUAGCAAACGACAGUACGCUAUACGACGAAGCGUGCGAGGACUCGACGGAAUAUUUAUGAGCAAAAUGCUAGUGGACAUUAGAGGUACUUAGACUGCGCUGCUGAACAUGUUCUAUGUCUAUCUAACCAUAUCCAGCGGUGACCACACCUUGACAGAAGCACGGAUCAUCUACCUCAUGUCUCUCUCUUCUAACGGCAACCUCCACUCUGGAGUUCCUCGAUUUAGCUCGUCAGUCUCCGGAAGUUGUGGUAGUUUGCGUCAUUCGGCGGGGUUGGGGCGAAGGCGAUAUCGUACCUGGUAUCCUAGUGGAUCCGCGAGGAGGUGCCGACGACGGUGAGGAAAUCUCCGACAUUUUGUCCGACACUGCGACGGAGGAAGAGAUCAUGAUUUUUGACGAUACGCUACCCGAAGCAGAGAAGAAAGCACAGAUUGUGCCAGUAAAGAGCGAUGGUGUACGAGUUUCGGCGUUGGCGGGGGAUACCAUGCGGUUCAACAUCACGCAGGAUCAUGAGUGGGGGAAAAAUUCUUUGGAGCAUAAAGUCGAAAAACUAGUAGAAGCUGGGAAAUUAACGGAGCAAAAGGGAGAAAUCUUGCGAGCCUUUAAUGAGCAAGUUUUUUUAUGGAUGAUGAGUGAUAAUUUUUCAUUUUGUGUGAUGAACAGCAACAGCAACAGACCUCCAUGCCUUUGCUAGAAGAAGUUGAAUCUCAAUAAUCACAUAAAUGUAUAGUAUCUUCAUGCAUUUGAGUAUGUCAACGUAGAGGAGCAAGAGGAUGUCGCGGUUCAUCACCGAUCAGCAAGAACCCAAGAGAUCUUCAUACGUAAAAUUUGCCUCACUACUUCUUCCCUAAUUAUCAGAAUAAAUUGACCCCACAAGAACGGCACUUCUAACCCUUCUCGCCGACGACUACUUUUCGCUGCUUGGUGAACGGAUUGAAUUUUGCAAGAACAAUUUUUCGAUUCUGAACCAGUUGAAGAACAAGUACGACGUGUGGCUGCAAUACACGCAGACUCUGAUGCAGGAAAGGGAUCCGGACAUUCUGAUUCGCGAUAGAAACCACGGUCUGGAAACCGCUGAGGUGUUGGCGAGUCUGUGCAAGCAGAUGGCAUCAUUGGCCUAUGAUCAAUCGGAUAGGGUAUACAUUUAGACAAGUAAGUAGCUAGUAAGUAGCUUAUGAAUAGCGCAAGUAAGUACUUAGCUAGUACUAUUCUACUUGAAGUACUUAGCUAGUACUCUACUUGAACUUGUUUUUACUCCAAAUAAAACUAAGUACGCAAGAAGGACUACUCAUUCUUCAAGAACGUCCUCAUCCUCCAUGAUCCUCAUCCUCCAUGAAUCUUCAACUGCCUCGUUUUGCAUAAUCCUCAUCCUCCAUGAAUCUUCAACUGCCUCGUCUUGCAUAAUCCUCAUCCUCCAUGAAUCUUCAACUGCCUCAUCCUCCAUACUUUCCGAGAGAGUUAUUAUUCAGCUUAAAUCUUUCAAAUACGUAGUUUCCAAAAAUUCCAACUCCAAGGUGAUCGAACUCGCGGCCGUGCUCGCCCCUCAGCUAGUCCACUUCUUCUGCGUGAAGCUGUACCAGCAGCAAGAACAGGCCAAGACCACUCAGAAGAUGGCGCCGACAACGGGGCCAGCUUUUGAGGCCUUAGUGUGCAACCUUGCGCGUACCUUCUUCUUUGACGAGUUACAGUUGCACGCUUACAAUCUGUUGAUGGAUCUCCAGAACGCCUCGAACUGGAAAGCGUUAUUGCCGAUCGUGGCAGGACACGUGGCCGAAAAAUUGGGAGUGUACUAUUGCUUAUACGCUUUAAACAUCAGAAGAGAUUGAUAUUUACAACUGUAGGGAUGGGUAAUUGAUAAUAUACAACUAGGGAAGAUGGAUACGAUCUUCAUGACCUUGGAGUGCUGCAGUGUAGUAUGAUGGGGUUAUUGGAUGUUACAACACUACUUUCGUUUAUUUGAAGACGAUAGUUAGUUGUACGUUGUACCUACAACAUCAAGAAACACUAUUCCAGCAUCUUCGCAGGUAUGUCCUUUGCACUUUUAACCUGGCUGCUGGCCAAGAUCCAGUCGCAAAUCGCUGGGCUUGGCGUCGUGACGCAGGAGAAAAACUGAUGGUGAAUUUGAGGGAAGCGGUUCCCAAUGUCCUGUAUCCUGACAGAGACAAUCACGUUCUGAGCGCUUUUGAGCCUCUGUUCUUCCGUUUCCUGAGAAAUGAUCCAAUUGCGGGAUAUGAGGUGCCGAAGAUGAGACGGUACGGGGAGUUUUUGGCAACCUUGUUGACCCAUGACGGAUUUUUGCUGCGUCAAUGGGGAUACCAGAAGGGAAAAGAGUACAAGACACGUGCGAAGAUGAACGAGGUGUACAAGCAAGUGGUCACGGAAGUGAAGCUGAGGAUUGAGGUACUUCUAAUUGUAGUCUAGGAGAAGUCGGACGAGUUGUAUGCGACCAUUUAUUUGUGACUACUUGUGUUUUUUUUUUGGCGAUUCAUUCUAGUACGUGUCGUGUUUUACUACAUGCUUCUUCUCGUGGAUGACGAUGAUGACGCCGUGCUGUUUCUCACAAAUUUUUGUACAUUCAUACUAAAAUGUUGGAGAUUCUAGACGAUAGUGGAGGUAAUAAUCUUCUUAAAUCCUUCUUAAUCCAACCAGUUACUUUAAUACACUCUUGUACAUUCACCCUAUAUAUGAUCUACUCGGGUAGUACGGGUAGUGCCGCUGUAGAGACAAAGGAGCGACAUCUUCACAGCUUCAACAUCAGAGAAAUCGAAAUCCGUAGAACACAGAGAAGAUUCAGGGAAGUCGUAGGUCCAAUCCGAAUCGACUAGCAUCAUCAUCGUGAUCAACUCGGGACGCCCGUCAUCCAUCAAAUGUCCCCAGCUUUCCAGUCGCAUCUACCACACCUUCUCAACACCCUGAAAAAACCAGCGUGCCAUGCUAAUGGGCAAAUUGAAAGACAAGGAAGUUGAGGACUGCUGGACCGAGGCUUUUGAGAACCUGGAUGCAACCAUGAACAAUACCUUUGUAGAAUUUGCGGUCACUGAUGGGUACGAGCCCAAUAGUUUUCGAUCUUACUUCCUAGAGCUCAUGGCGGAACAAGAGCGAUCGAUCUUGGAAGAGGAACACAAGGAUCACGAUUGGGCUAAGGAGAAGCGGAAGGAAUUGUUCCAGACGUUGUUGUUAGGAAGAUAAAGAGUGACUAUAUGUACUUGCGACUACCCUUUUCGCUUUUCUAUCUUCCUCUGGUCUUUCUUUUUUCUACUUAGGUCUCGCUUGGGCAACGUGCUGAACAGGUUCAUGAUCAGGGGUUUUGUGGCAACUACUAACAAUUCGGGCAUACUUAGGUCCGCUCCGCCACAAACUAUAUUUAGUUGUGACUCUGGGCAAAUUUCCUCAAGUUUAUAAGUGGAACUUUGAAAGACUCCCUUUCCCCCAGAGCUCUAAUUUUCUCCUGUGUCGACAAGCGGGAGCGCGAAAUAGUGGAGGAACAGGGCGCGAACACAGUGAGCAAGCCAAAGACAGCACGCGCUUUGCUUUACACCAAUUCCGCGAGCUACAACUCCAAUAGUCGUGAAUUGCAGAGUCUCCGUAAUCUCGCCGCUUUGUUUCUCCCUCUGCUCGGUGAUCACACCAGACUGCUAUCGAUUAAGGCUUGUUCUUGUCCUCAAGAUUCAUUUUGUUGAGAAGCAUCCUUGCUUACUUUCCUCUGGCGUUAGCCUUCAUUUAAUAUCCUUUAUUUCAACAAGGGGGCAAGGGAACCAUGAUCAACAACAAGUAAAUAAUCAUGUCGUGACAUCUUCUUCAAGCAUAUUAUACAUCAAUUCUUCUUUCAAGAUCAGUGCUAGUAGAUGAUAUUGCGCAAGAACUACCACACAAAAAAUUCCUCUAAUCCGAAGUUGGAACGUGCAGUUGGAUCUGCCAAGACUAGAUCGGAUGAGAUUGGUGCCAUGGAUUUGACCAAGGAAUUGCAGCAGGCAAGGAACGAGAAAUAUUUCACAGUAUCGGCUUUCGCUCGAUACUUCGCAGUAUUUCUACAACUCAAAUGCGUGCCGGGAAAACAUAAAAGGGAUGUUUUGGAGUUAAGGCUGCUUGUUCUUGUUGAGGCACGACGUUUCGCGUGUUAAUUUGAUGAUCAUAGCUUGCUGGUGACAGUGCUGAUGCAGGACGACAGCUUGUUCUUCUUCCUUUGCCACCGAGGAUGGAAGCAUGUGCAAGUAGACGGAGUUUUUCACAAGGUAGUGCUACACCUUUCUUCAAGAACGAAGUUCAACCUCCUCUAACAGUCGAAGAAAACGACAAAGCAGAGGCUUUGGCGGAGAGCGUUGUAAACACGCAGUUUGGCAACCUAGUUUCCGAAGUUCUAUCGCAUGCACCAGGAGACACGGAGCACCUGGAUGGAGGGAUUAUGCACUUUCUGGACAUGCUUGCAGUGACCUGCAUCGAAGAAAUGAAAUACAGCCACUUGCUAUGAAAAGAAAAACAAGUGUACUCCUAGUGGUCAUACUCAGGAAGAUGAAACUAGGCACUGGCACGCACACGCUCCAAGUACUUCUGCUUAGGAAGCUGCCUGUGGUUUAUUUCUUGAGUAAGUACUAUGAGAACACUUUUUCCUGCCUUUAUACUUGCUUAGGGAAUUGCUCAACGAAACCAGAGAACGCUGUCUCGAGUUUUUCUACCAAGCGGAUGUGGAUUUGGUUGCCAAGAAGUACACUGUGCCGGGAUUUCAGGUGUCAUCCAUGGGCGACUGUCCUCGCGAAUUGUUCAUCGUGUGUGCAGUGAUGCUAACCUAUUGCGCACAGCAGAACACGGAGACACAAUUUCAAACAACAAAUUAAGGCUUACUUCUUCCUGUAACAAAAUCUUAAUAAAUAUAUUGCUUCAACCAUUACCAUGCUGCAUCUUCUGAAGCAGCUUGCUUGGGUCCGGGCGGCUGUCUUUCUUUUACGGGGGUGAAAUAAAACUACAGAAGCUUGUCCAAGACGACCCUUCCCCCAAAUUCCGUUUGGGAGAGGACGGGAUUUGGGUAAAAAAUGCUCUAAACAAAGCAAACAUUGGACGUUCUAGCGGACCACAUGAACACGUUUUUGCUGGACAUCGUGUGGCAGAACAAUAAGGAGUUAGUUCACAGCGGAGAUGUGAUCCAAAGGGCUCUGAGCGACGUCUUCCAGCAGAUCACGAGCAUGAACAAUGUGGGCAACAGCGGUUACGCUGUCAACAACAACCAAGUAGGCAACAUUACGGCUCAAUGCAAUUCAUUUCUGCAAGGCCUUUCUCACUGUUCUUAACUUUAAGGAUUGCGAGAAAUGAGAUGGGACUCCUGGCAAGAAAUGAACAACCGUUUUGAGAUCUAUCUAAUAGUAAAAGUAGCGGCAUGAACGGUGCCGAGGGUAGUAGGAGCAACGCUUUCAUGUACGGAAAUCGGGUCUCCGCAACGCCCUCAGUUGUCCUGCAGUUAUGAAUGUUGAAAUUGUUGAGAAUAGAAAUUCUAGCACUAGAAGUAGUCUCUUGGAGGUCCCGUUCAGGGCCGGUUCGCAUUGAGAUAGUAGAGUGGUCCGUGAAAUACAUAGAUCAACCCUUUUACAUUUACAGUAAUCCUUUUACAUUUACAGUUUCAUCCCAUAUUAAGAACCCUCCACAGUACAGCUUAACGUUUAGUUUCCCACUCGUCGUGUCAAUUUCGUUUUAGUAAGAUCCCUGUAAGAACAAAGUACAACUUUCCUCAGCACCCACUCAUUAGAAAAAUGAAGUACAACUUUUCUGACCCUUUUCUCACGACCCUUCUCUAAAGUCCAGUUACGAGCAGGCCAUGGGUUUAGUGCGUACUAGUCUGAAGAAAGAAAUGCCCAUGAUGGACCACUUUUUUAAGACGUGCAACGUGAAUCAGCUGAAAGCUUCGGAAAUCAGCCUUGCGGACAGGGAAGCUGCCGUGAUCACAGCCUUGACGAUAGGCACAGUGAACCGUUUGGAAAGCAAGGUAUCGCUGCCGGAGAUAGUGGAGUGGGUGCAUCUAAACGCGGCAAGGUCGACGAAUGAUGUAGAGCACUUGUUGCGUCAAUGGUCGGUGCACUUCAUGAUGAACGUGGACAUCUUUUUUCCAUGUGACAAAUUGCAACGUGGUGAGAUUGUUGCAACUCUUACCGGUCUACUCCAAAAUGCCAAGUGGAACCAGCUAACUAGCGGGGAUGAGAGUUAAGGCGCAAGACUAUUGUUCAUCUCGUCUGCAAGAACCAAGCCAUUUGAAUUUGAUUCUUGUCCCUGUAGUUUCCUUCUCAGAAGGAUUCUUGUUCGGAGAAACUAAUUUUCCUUCUUAGGAUCCUUGUUCGGAGAAACUAAUUUUCCUUCUACUUAGGUGGAUCCUUGUUCGGAGAAACUACUUUUCCUUCUUAUAGGUGGAUCCUUGUUCGGAGAAACUAAUUUUCCUUCUCAGAAGGAUUCUUGUUCGGAGAAAAAAUUGAUGCACAGUGUGCAACAACAAGCACAAAAAACAAGAUGAAGUGAGCACUAGGUUUGAGCAGCUCUUCUAAGGCGGGGAGAUUUGUGCAGCUGAACCUAUUGUGGCGAUGGAAGAGGUUGCCGAAUUUCUAGUGCGCAUGAGCAACGAGUGGAGGAGAAAAGUCUCGGUUGCCCACUUCAUCGAUAGCGACGAAAUUGCGGAGGACGGCGAUUUGAGUCACGAUGAGCGAGUCUUGCACUUUCUGAAGAUUCUAGCAACCCAUCAUCUGUUAAGGCUUGAGUUACUUCCCAUGCAUAGUAAGUAUUUAUAUAUAAUGAUGUUUAGGGUUUGGGUUUAGGGUUUAGGGUCUAGUUAGAUAUGCUCCACCAACAUUAUAAUGAUGUGGAUGUUCUGAUGUUUCCUUAUAUAUAAAAAUUGAUGUUUGUAGUUCAUCUUGUUCUGAUGUUCCCAUAUAUUAAUUGGUGUUUGUUCAUCUUCCUUGGUUGAUGAUUUUUAUAGGUAUCUUGAUAGUAUAAUAGUAUACAUAGGAUCUUGGUUGAUGAUUUUUAUAGGUCCAUCUUUCUUGAUUAUGGAGGAAGAAGGGUUUUGUACUGAGGGGAAAAGGGGGAUCUUCCCAAGAAGAAAUGCUCUUCAGGAUGAAGAUCGGAAACAAGACAGGGUCUCUAAAUCUUGGGAUUACCCAUACGAUGCAAACGGUGGUGAAUAACUUGUACGACCUAAUGCGGUAUCCGUGCGUGGUCUCUGCGGAGGGGGAGCCGCUUUACAUCCUAGCAAACAACGCGAGCUCAAGGCAAUUUCAAGCCUUUAUUUUGCUGACAAAGGAUUUCCUGUUCGCAGAGGAGACGGGAUAUUUUAUGGAGGCAUCUUCAGAUUCACAUCAGGGAUUCAGAAGUCACUUUCUUGACAUCUUUCUUGUGUUACUUCUUGUACGACUCUCUUGGACUUGUUGUGAUUAAAGGGUGGACCAGUUGUAGACUGUUGUUGAUGUAUUUACAAUCUUCAAUUGUACAACUGAUGCUUAAAAAUCAUACUCCUGGUCAACUUGUACAUCAGUGAGUAGCAGAAGUAUGAUUUUUAAGCCUCCAUAUUAUUGUCCGUCGACAUGAUUCAUCUGCUAUCAUUGGAUGUAAAUGUCGUGUUCCACAGUGUUUUGGACUAGACCUCCUGUUGGGAAACUGACAACCGUUCAUCUGUGUUGAUGAUGAAAACCCCCCGUCACAUGAUCCUUUUUCGCUCCUCUCUAAUCUGCUAUCCCAAACCGCUACCGAAGCAUGUCUAGUCUGUCUGCAAAACGUGGGUCUCAAACUAGCAGGGUCGAACGUGGAUCUGAAGUGCAAAUGGAUUCAUUUGAUAGUGAUGCAAGAGCUUCGACGCUUGGGAGAAGACGACUUUCCGGAUGGAUUCUCCGUACUGGCCAACAAAAUUACCAGUUUGGUAGCGUUCCUGAUACCGGAAAGUGUGAAGUUAUGUUGAAUUUGUUAUACGACAAGGGAAUAAAUGGCGGGUACUAGUUGGCGAUGGAUAGUAUGUUCGCUGUUUUGUUUACUAUUUUGUACAACAGUCUCUUCGCUUUAGGUUUCAUUCUUCUGACAUAUUUAUUAAUCGUCCCUUGUUCUAAUCAAAGGCAGCACAAUCGAAGAUCCCGCGACGAUUGACAAGGUUGCGGAUUUUGUCGAGAAAGAGGAAAAGUUUAUCUGCGAUUACAUGGACUUCCUUUUUUCAGCUAUCGAAGAAGACAAAGCUGCUGGAAGAGGGAAGGUAUAGACUUGUGGUUCUUGGUUGGUUCUUUUUCUAGAACUAGAUAGCUACCGUGACAUUUUUAUUAGUACUCACUUUCUAGAUGUUUACUCUUACCUUCCAGCACUGUUCUCUUCGCUUCAAAGCUUAUUAGUACCUACUUUACCAAUGUGUGGAAGUGGAUGUGGUCCUCCUUCAUCAUAAGAAUCCUGUCUCUUGAUCUUGACUAAAAGAAACUGUCCUUUUGGGGCAGUUUCCUAGUAAUGAGCUAUAGUUAAGUGACUGACUAUUAAAAACAGGAUCCAAAGCAAACCAAUUCCUCUUCCUCAACAGGCUGAGUUCAACUUAACCGAGACGUAUGAGAAGUAUAUUUCGGAUAGUGCUAAGGACCCAAGCAGAUGGCAUUUUGAAUACGGGCAAACAGUCGAGGAUAUCCGAAAGUUGCCGUCAGUUAAGGCUUAAUAUCGUAAUCUUCAUCUUUCUACUUGUGAAGCAUCGAUCUCCAUCUUGGAACUGUUGGUGGAACAGGCUAGUGGGACCAUGGAGCUGUUAGUAUACUUCCGUAGCCUUUUUGGCUCAAGUAACCAAAUGAAGGACAUAGCUCAACUUUCCUGAGUCAGCUAAAGCCUACUAAGUUGCCUCAAGUAGAACAAAAUUGUCUUUAUCACUUUCUACUCCUCAUAACCUCUGAAAUACUAAUAUAGCCUGUGGUGCCUAUAUUUCAUAGAUCAUAACAAGGGUGAUUUCUUUGAGUGAGCUCUAAUUCAACAUGGAAAGUGGAACAGGCGAAUGCCACCAUGGACAUGACCGAAGGAUUGUCGGAUAGAGUGAGGGCGAUCUACCCAGACAUCAGUGGGCCAGCGUAUGAUCCUAAGACAGGAAAACUGAGGACAGAAGCGGCUCUGAGUACGGUAUUGCAUGAUGUAGUGAUCAUUUUGAUGUCUCUGAUUAUGUUCUCUUACGCAUGUUGAGGUACAACUUGGUGAAGAACAUGAACCACGGAGAAGUACGGCUUCCACGUCACAAAUCCGUAGCCUGAAGAUCCACGUCUACGUAUAAUCAAAUCUGUAACUACUACGUCCACCUCUACCACACCCAGGCCGUCCGCGAGUUCGAGUCUGCUCAGACUGCGUUGACAGUGGCGGAGAAAAUGGCUGUGCCACAGGAAUAUGUGCCUUUGCGAUCGUCGGCGAUGGCCCCAGAGGAAUUCCGUGAUGCAUUGAAUAACCAAGUUGACUCUAAGUUAGCAGCCGCAGCCGAUGGUCAAAAGCGACCUUCACAGAGGCAAAGCCAAAAACCUGCUGGGGGACUGUUUAUGGCCUUGUCCACAACUUUGUUGAAAGGCGAAAUAAUUUUUUUGUUUCAACAGACAGUGUCGUGAGAGUUCAGAUGAGUUGUCUCUUUCUGACACAACUAAUAAAUACAUUAUUAGUGUACCUUUUUCUCUUUUAUAUCUUCCUCUGGUCUGUCACUGUCUUUUUUCUAGUUAGGUCGGCUCCACCACAAUUAUUAGUGUAAAAAUAAUGACUAGAGAGUAGUGAAGGAUCCACAACCUAACCUAACCUAGUGUUUCUUCAUCGAAGUUGUGGAACAUGAUCUUCGUUUACUUCAUCAUUCUUCUAGUCGGACUCAACACUCUACCUCGUCUAAGGUCUCAAUGCCAUCAAUGCCAAUGGGUAUGGAGGUGGAUGAUUACGGUGCUGCCACUAGCGUCAGUACGGGCCCAGGCAGGAUAAUCGACACCAGAGCGAUACUGGGACAUAUAGUGGAGAAAGACGCGGAUGUUAAGGCUAGUACAAGAAAUCCAACCUCUUCUUCACAGGUCCUCCCGUACUUUAACAGGGAACUAAUGGGGACCCAAGAAAUCUUCGUCCUGUUUUUAUAGGGAAGGGGGACCCAGCCCCAGCAAAAUGCUGUUGGCGAUGGAUUUCAUAUCUUGGAUGUUGUUCAUUCUAAAUCUAAUGAUGGGAAUAUCAUAGGCGGAUCGCAACCGAGCGCUAAACCGCGUCAAAUCCGCCCUGCACCACGAGAAGCUGUUCCUCAAAGUCAAACAUCAGAUAGUGGCUCUAGCGGCGCAUCAGGACGGAAACCAUCUCAGAAGAGCGCAGCAGAAAAAUCCGGAACAAGUAAGUCAUCAAUUAUGGUGGACUUUCUCUUUUAUAUCUUGAUCUUCCUCUGGUCUUUCUUUUUUCUAGUUAGGUCGGCUCCACCACAAUCUAUUAUGGUGGACUUUCGUUUUGAUGGUACUUUUCUUGGUCAAACGAAAAUAGCGAGAAGAGAAGGAUAGAAGAUCUUUCAUGUACUAGAAACACGUUGAUGCUUAAUUAUUUUUCUUGGUUCUUUUGUUCAUCUACUUCUGUACCAGUUUGGUUAUAGUUUCUAUCAGGACGUCGAGGGCGUCAGAGAUUUUUUCGUGUGUCCAUGCUUCCGUCCAUGACCAGCACUCUAUCUUUCACCCUAUUGAUAUGAAUUUCUCACUCACUCUAACUCCCGUUCGAGUAGCAGUGCUAGCAAGAGUGCCAGCGCAAGUGCCCCGAGCAAGUCAUCGACCUCAGGGAGCGGCAGCGGCCCAGGAUUCGGUGGGAAGAAAUCGUCGUCUUCAGCCUCCUCGACGUCUAAGUCGUCAGCGAGUGACUCUUCGUAGACGGAGAAGAGGAUGACGAAGACGAUGAAUGAAAUCUUUGUAGAGGUACAACUGCUGCUACGCAACAUAAACAUUCUUGAAUGUAGGAGAAGUCUGAGGAUAUUAUCAUCAACUUAGAUUCUUGUCAUAAGUGCAAAUGCUGCGCCAGUUACAUUCAAAAUGGGAAAAGCAUAGCCAAGUGAAAUCUUGCUAAUUUGUUUAUUGCAUUGUCCGUCACGAUGUUCAUUGAGUUCAAAAUUGUCCUUAUAUAGCAACCAUCACACUAGAAUGAGUAAAGUUUUCUAAAGUCAAUCUAACUCCGAGUUGAUUAAACUCAUUAUCAUAUUACUUAUCACUGUCGUACUUAUACUUGCUAGAAGCAUUGCUAAAGCUAAUAUCUGUCAUUGUCAUUCAAUACCAGAACUAGAAGUACAAGAAGGAACACUCACAGCACCAGCAUCGGAGUGGAAUCUUCUCUCUUGGCCAUCCAAGUCCAAGAACAAGACAUCUGAAGAAGAACUAGUCAUGGAAACAUCAAAUAUGCCCUUCUCGAUGGAAAAUGAAAUUAACCAUAAUGCAGAAAUAAAAUUUCGAAUUUUCGAACAACACAUAUUAUUUGAACAUCAUACGACCACGAUUUAUAUCAAAACAGGUCCAGAAUAAUCAUGUCUAUUAACUAUCUACAACUACACAGAUAUGCAAGGGGGCCUAUAAUCAGCAUGAAUAAAAAGUCUCUCUCUGUCGUAGACGAAUAUCCAAGAGGACUGAAAGUUCAAAAUGGAUUUUCGUUGAACAGAUUUCUGUAUAGAACGUGACAAGAACAGGAGGUCUCUACUAGUAGGUAGGUAUUGUCAGUCAAGAAGUAACCUCUUGUACAUACGCAUAUCAAAACACCGAUGAGUUGCAUCUCAAACAUGACACAGACACUGUACACGUAGUCUUCGAAGAAAGAUACCGAAUAGUAGAAACAGAAAAUAAUAAUUUGUCAUUCUCAACAUUGUCGCCGAGCUUAAGCUUUGUCAUUGUAGGCGAUGAAGAGAACAAACUAUCAAACAGCCAUACAACACAUCAAAAUCAAAUGAAGAAAAUCAACUUUUUUUUGAAAUUCAAGGCGCCCAACAAAGGAUCAUGAUCGGAGGUGAG